CCCACCAAGCAAAGCAGCACAAGAAUGAUGGAGGGUUUGUCUGAUAGUGAUUUGGACUGGUUACAGAAUUACAUUAAGUCACAAGAAAAUGACAGUUUGUCUACCAAAGACAAAGAAAAGAAUCUAGCAAUUCCGUUUGGACUUAAUUUUCAGGAAUUUCACAACACCGACAUAUCUCUACCGAUCUAUGGGUAUGUAACACCCGCACUAUGUGUGAUUGUGUUAAUUACUAAUGUUCUUUUUGUGACCGUCUUUGCCAAACUGAAAAUGAACUCUCCAACUCACUUCGUGCUUCGCUGUAUGGCUAUCGUUGACACUUUGACAAUUGUUCUGCCUACUCCAACAUAUAUCUAUGUAUACACCAUGAGGAACUAUCAAGAAUUCAUUCCCUUUGAAGUUUGCUAUGUUUGGGAGUAUAUGACCAUUUAUCUUCCGACUAUCACACAUACAGCCUCGAUCUGGUUGACAACACUUCUGGCGGUACAAAGAUACAUCUGUGUGUCUUAUCCUCUCAAUGUCAGAUUGUGGUGCGGCAUCAAGCGGACUUAUUUCUUUGUUAUCUUCAUUUUCAUAUUGGCCACUGGCUGUCACUUGAGCAGAUUUUUUGAAUACAAAUUUAUCAAAACAAAGGUUCCGUCGCUUCUGGAUCCAAGUAAAGACGUAACCACAUGUUUUCGGACACCCUCGGACUUUGUCCACGGUGUUUAUGUGGUUGCGUAUUCCUGGGUUAGAGCUGUUGCUGUGAACAUUGUUCCGUGUUUGGCGAUGAUUGUCUUUAGUACCAUUAUGUUAGUGAGAAUUCGCGUGGCAGAGAAACGCAGGCGUACAAUCCGACGUAGGAGCACUUUUGGUUCCGGGGAAAACGAACCACGUGACAGUCGUAUCACCACGUGGUUGGUUAUUUUGAUCGUUAACAGCGUAUGCAUUGUCGAGAUGCCUAUCGCAGCUUUUUACGUGAUGGUGGCUACAAACCUGACCAGGGGCGAAAACCCUAUCUCGGAGAACUCUCAUACGAUUGAGAUCAUUCUGAAUUUGCUAGUCCAAGUUUCCUACCCUAUACAUUUUGUGCUGUACUGCACGAUGAGUGAAGGGUUUCGGUUCGCCCUUGUUGGUAUGUUUGUCAAUGCAUGGAGAAAUUUUCAGCAGAUUAUUGGUAACGAUGACAGAAACAAUGGACGUACUUCUAGGUCUAUAUCUGUUGUUUCCUCUGAUACUAGAAGUGUGAUUUUUAACACAAUAUGAUU